CAGUGGUCUGCUGCUCACUUGCAGAGGCGGUGUCACUGAAACUGCUAAUCAGGCGCAGAAUGGUAACGUGAGAGGGAUAACAUGAAAAUCCACCACAGAAAAGUAUUCAUCCUGGUUGUUUUCGUGUACGUGGUAUUUUCCUUGUAUGCUGCAUACAAUGUCUUCUUUAAUACGAAGCCUAUAAACCGUGUCCACAGAGUGGUGAAGAAAAUCACAGCUGCAGCCUCUGCCGGAGGUGACGGUGUCGUGGCCUCUCACAUUGGGGAUGAGGUCUGGAACCCAUGGGAGGAUGAGCAGGCUGAUGGGCUCACUGCUCUGCACAAGCGGAGGGAGGCUUUCAGACAAUAUCAAGAGCGCAUUGACAAGAACAGACCCAAGAGAUACAAAGUUCAAAUCUGGGGGAAAGCUGCCAUUGGACUUUACCUUUGGGAACAUAUUUUAGAAGGGCCCCUGACCCCCGCCGAUAAAAUGGCACAGUGGAGAGAAGGGGAGAUGCAGGCAGGGAAGAUUGAUUUCAGUUUCUACACAGGCCCUGCAGUGAUCCAGGGCCACGUUCCUCUGGACACAGACAGUGUGGUUCUGGUGCUAAAUGGCCGGGAGCAGCAAAAGAUUGCCUACGCCACCCGUUGGCUGCAGCACAUCCAGACCCUCAUGCAGGUCCACGCUGUGAACCGGGUGGCCGUGGUACUGUUGGGCAGCGAGCGCUGCACCAACGACUGGAUCAGCCCCUACCUGAGGAGGCACGGGGGCUUUGUGGACCUGCUCUUCCUGGUCUAUGACAGCCCCUGGGUCAAUGAUAAGGAUGUCUUCCAGUGGCCCCUUGGAGUAGCCACAUACAGGCAGUUUCCUGUGGUCAUGCCAAACUCCCUGAUGUCAAGUUCCACCAGGCCUUACCUCUGUAACUUCCUUGGAACAGUCUACAAAAACUCUUCUAGAGAGAACCUCAUGGGAAUCCUGAAAGAAUCUGGACUGGACAAGGAGUGUGUAACUACUGCCAGGGAGACGUGGCUUCCACAGGAGACAGCAGAGAGUCUGAGAUGGUACCAGACGGCGCUGGCCCAAAGCGAUCUCACUCUCUGCCCGGUGGGAAUCAACACAGAGUGCUAUCGCAUCUACGAGGCCUGUGCAUAUGGCUCUGUGCCGGUGGUGGAAGAUGUGCUGACUCCAGGUGGGUGUUCCUCUGCACAAAGAUCGCCCCUGCGCCUCCUCAAAGCCGCAGGAGCCCCCUUUAUCUUCCUCAAGGACUGGAGAGAGCUGCCUGGCCUUCUGCAGAAGGAGAGAGCGAUGAGCCAGGACGAAAGGACUGAGAGGAGGAGGAGAUUGCUGGAAUGGUACACCAGCUUCCGCCUGCAGAUGAAGGACAGGUUCACAGAAGUUUUAGAGGAGGCCUUUUUCAAAAACAGCUGAUAGUUUUAAAGAUAAUUUUAGAGAAAACCCCCAAAUGUUCAUAAGGAGGUACAAAGUGGGUCUCAUAAGGCAGAACGUCUUGGUGUUUACGUGGGGUUACUGUAUGUGAUGACAAGCUGAAAAAAACCUACUCCAUGUCCCAAGAAAUAAUUUCAGGCUGUGUGUGCAUUGUAUUACAUUGUGUCCGUAGAGCUUGUUUCAUUAAUAUUUGCUUUCCAUUAUUUAUUUUCUUUAACUGUAAUUUAACCAGGUAAGUAAGCUGUGAACCAAUUAAAAUGUUCAAUAAUGACUUGGAAAUAGUUGCCUGGGGGACAGGACAACACAAAGAACCACUUAAUGUGAAGUGUAUAUAUAAACACUAUAUAGAAAUGCACUGUUUUCUGAAAGAUGCAAAGAUAUAUUUCAAGAUGGAGUCAUCUUAUUUUAAAUAACAGGUUGGUGGUUUCAAUUAUUGAAUUAUUUGAACAUUGUAAUAUACCUUUUAGUAAGGCCCAGACCAGUUAUUUUAUUUUAAUCGAUCGGAUAUCUGUUUCCCCUUAAUGUUUAUUAAACUUAUUUAGGGUCUGUUGUAACAGCAGUAGGUCUAGUUACAAUCCAAUUGUGGCACACUAUAAUCUGCAAAUGCUAACAAAGAAACCAUAUUUAUGAUGUGUUUAUGCUGCCAAUACAGUACAUUUUAGUUUGAAAAAUGAAGAACGGUUCCUGAUACAUUAUUUCUGUGAAAUAUUAUACAAUGUUUUUCUUGCUAUUAAAACAUUUAUAUUUUUUAAUGGCUAUUGAAUAGGACAUUACAGGAAAAGACUGACUACAAUGACACCACAAUACCAUCUCCAGGAGAUGGCGCUGUACGCCUCCAUCAUUGUUUUGCUGGGUCCAUGUUAGUAUAGCAACAAGUUAGCAUGGGCAGUGACGUUUAUUAAUGUACAUUAUUAAUCAAGUUUCAAGCUCUUAUUUGUCGUGAAUAGGAUACACAAGGUAUUGAAGAUUCAAUAAAAUUCGUACUUGCAUGUU